GUUCUGUCCAGAUUUAAGCCUCUACUAGAAAAUAUUCCAGGCUUUGCUGGAAACUUUUCCCUGGAUAUUGCUCUUACAGGUGUACUUUGGCAUGGGGCUCAAGUCAUACCUGGGACUGCUGAGGCUGUGCAAAAGUUAAAGAAGCUGGGGAAGAGAAUAUUUUAUCUGACAAACAACAGCAGUAAAACUAGAGCCCAGAUAGUUGAAAAAUGUCACAAGCUUGGAUUUCCAGCUGAACUGGACAACAUUGUUGGUACAGCACAUGCCUCAGCCCUAUAUCUGAAGACCAUGGGAUUCUCUGGAAAAGUGUAUAUGGUAGGAAAUGCUAGUAUGGCGGCUGAGAUGGACAAUCUGGGAAUAAAGUACACAGGCCUUGGG